UUCUCUCUUUUUCUUGUUAUGUCUUUAGAUGCUACAGUCUCCUGAGAGAUCCAUUCGAGUUUCUGUUCUCUGGUGCUGUUUAUGAUGUGAAUAAAUCUCUCUCUCUCUCUCUCUCUCUCUCUCUCUCUCUGUUCUUCUUCUAUUGGUAUUUGUAGGUGGGUCUGUGGGUUUGUGUUUGUCGCUGCUGCUUUGCGUGGUGUAGCUAGAUUGUGCUCUCUCCUCUCUCUCCCUCUCCGCUUGAUAGCUUGCAGUCCAUCUCUUUUACCUCUAGCAUGCAUACUGAAAUCUCGAACUCAUCACCAUCACCAGAAUCCGACAGCAUGGCCAGUUUCAGUAGGAAGAGGAGGUCGAUAAUGAAGAGAAGCAGCGGCGACAGAGCCACCAGCAACCACGCCGAGAGACCCAAGUCCAGGCCCUCCCUCUCUUCCAUGCUCCUCUCUUUAUCAUUGUCAAACUCUCCAAAGAAGAACGCGUUCAGAGGGUUGGGCUGUGCGUCCGCCCCUGAUGUCCACAACCCAUCCUCCGCCCAUUCGCUGGUCCGGUCAUCUGCUGAUUGGAACGCCAAGAAGUCGAGGCAGAAACCGGCGAGGACGAGCAGCGAAGGAGGGAGGAAGAAGAAGACCCAGGUUGUGGAUUCUGAUGUUUGGUGUUCUCCGGGCAUCCCUUUCUCCACAGACGCGGACUCCGUCGACUGCGUUGUUUAUCGCCGGCCGGCCGAACCAAUGGCGCCGAAAAGGAUUUCGCGGCAUCAAAGAAGCGUGGCCUCUGAUUUCACGUUUGAUGUUGCUUCCAAGUCUAGAGAGCGUCCUUCCAUUGAAAGACCAAACAGCGUGCUGGAGCAAAUUUCUGAAGUGGACUCUCUGCCAGCGUUUGAAACACUAUCUCCGAUAAGCUAUCGAUACUUGCGAGGACUACAUCACAUCUCGGGGGAUCUUACAGAGCUUGUUAUGCUUCAAACUAGUCUUAUUUUCGGAAGAAUUGACCUUUGUGAUCGGUUUCGGGAAUGGAGGCUUGAUGUUGAUAACAUGACAUACGAGGAACUGCUUGAGCUCGGUGACAAAAUUGGAUACGUUAGUACAGGGUUGAAAGAGGAUGGGAUUGCUUGUUGUGUUAGGAAACUAAAAUAUUCAGCCAGCUUCGCAUCACAUUUAUCUUCUGAACGAGAGAAAAAGUGUAGCAUUUGUCAGGAGGAGUAUGAAGGAAAAGAUGAAGUGGGAAGGUUAAACUGUGGUCACUACUUUCACAUCUGCUGUAUAAAGCAAUGGCUUUUGCAAAAGAAUGCUUGUCCUGUCUGCAAGUUAGCAGCAUCUGAUCACUGAAACAUACUCUUUUUUUUUUUUUGUUUGAUUUUUUGGGUAUAGUUCUCUCAUGCCUCUCCUUAUCCUCCAAUACUUGUACAGUUUCCACCUCCCAGAUAGUCAAGAAUCAAUUCAUUGUUGUGUUACAGUCCUGGGUUUCCUUGUUAAUGGAAGCCUAAUCCUUCUAUUUGGCGAUCACUAUGUAUGGGUUCUUGUUUAUGUACUGUUGGCUGUUGCUAAAUGCCCUGGUUGACCGUUUAGCCAUCUGAAUGAGUUGGAACUUUCAAAUUGGAAUGGGUUUGCUUGUUAAAUGGCAUUUUGUAUCUUGGUCGUCUAUUGCAGUGUA